AUGGCGAUCUGGGCAAGCUUCGUAUCUAUUGCGCUCGCGCUCUUUGCUGCCGAGAUCAACGCUGCGCCUGUAUCUGAGGCACAGAAGUUGGCAGACCCCAGUUAUGGCCCAAUUCCUGGUCAAUCUUCUCUCUACAGCACCUACUACGAGGUGCCACCAGUAUUUCCGGGAAAUAUUACCGAUCCGAUACUGCCUACUAAGAAAGGGCCUCCGGGUGUGGAUGAUGUGACUUGGCAAAAUCUCCUUUCAGCAGAAUGGAUUAUCUACUCUUUCUACCAGCAAGGUGUGGAGGCAUUCAACGCCUCCUCAUUUGUUGCAGCCGGCUAUCCAAACAACACCUAUCAGCGUAUUAUGGAGAUUCGCAACAACGAGAAUGGCCAUCUCCGCAUUUUUCAAAAUCAAAUCUCCUCGACCUCGGUCAAGCCAGGCGCCUGCAAAUACCAAUUUCCAUUCUAUGACCCAACUUCCUUCCUGGCUCUCACUACUGUCUUGGAGGUGUCGAGCAUGUCGUUCCUCACUGGCCUAGUGCAGCAGGCCAAGAUUGACAUGGCCAAGGGUUCGAUGUUGGCGAUUGCGGAGACAGAAACUCGCCAUGAGGUCUGGACUCUGCUUGAGAUCUGGAAGACCAAUCCAUUCGCGGGGCCAUCAGAUACCGUCUUCCCCUAUGCAAACGAGAUCUUGGACACAACCAACUCCUUCAUCGUUCCGGGAAGUUGCCCACCAGAGAAUCUCGAGUAUCCCUCGCCACGACAGCAUCUACCAGCACUCAGUGCUGCGGAAGGCACAAAGUCGCUCGAGCCUGGCGCAACGAUCUCGCUGAACUUCACCGAUGCGACGAACCAACCGAGCUUCUGCGCCGACAAGCAAUAUUAUGCUGUCUUCUUCCACGCUGUCUCAAAUAUCAGUGUGCCGAUUGACACAUCCUGCUGGCCUGAGAAAGCCAUAAACGUCACUAUUCCGGCAGAGUUCGAGAAGGACAAGGGUGUUGUCAUCGCUGUUGUCGCAGAUACUCCUGGAGCUCCUACAAAGGAAACUGUAGUUGCAGGUCCAGGAAUAAUAUUAGAGCAGCCUGCCGCGUUGGCAGUUGCACUACUCUAA